UCAAGAUAAAAGAUGAUUUUUUCAUUAAUCUUGUUUAUAACUUGCGUUACAAAAUCUAAAACACUGCUUCUUCUCGGCAGCAGAAAUGAUACUACUACCAAACAUGGAAGAAACGGCGAAUAUACCACAAAAUUACGUCUUAACAAUAGUUACAUGAAUAGUAUAACACCGACUACGAGUUCGUCCUUAUAUGAUGGGAACAAACUUUUGACGACGAGUAUGCUUUCAAAUACGAUACACUCUACAGAAAAUAUACCGGCAAAUAUUUACAAAACCAUGACAUCUCGAUGGAUUGAAAACAAAACUAGGUCGUACAUGAAUGUAAUUCCACAGUCUACAUGGGAAUAUCAGACAGAAACAAUCAGUCAAAAUACAAUUACAGAGACACUGCUUACAAGCCUAAUAACUGAAAUCAACGACACAGUUAGUAGUGGAAGGACAACUACACACCAAGCAGUACAUAUAAAACCUAGAAGAUCUUCUGUAAUACAGCACUCGGUGGUCGUCACGACAGAAAACACUCCCGGUGUUGGUAAAUUAGGACAACAGAUUAUAAACUGUGAUUUAUUGAGAAACCUAGGUUUCAACCAUCCUGCAUGUAAUCCCGGACAAUGGACAUAAAGUAUGAAUGAUCAACACUAUUACCAGUAAUACACAGUCUAAGGAACUUCACAUAUUUACACAGAAAUCUUAUGCAUUAUCAUUAAAAAAAUCCGCUUUUACA